AUCAAUAUUAGCAAGUAAUUAAUAAGCAAUCGAAAAUAAAUGGCAUUUCGACGAAAAAUAGUUUGACAGUUUUAGUGUUAGUGCGAAAAAUAUAUAAUUGAAUCGAGUGUGGCCGGGAUACAAGGACAGAAGAUGUCGCUAGUGGCACCUAGAAGGGUCCAACUUGAUUGGGCGCCUUCGAUAAUACCAUGGGAACAAGAGCCGGCGUGCGAUAGAGACACAUCUUUCAAGAAGGAGGCGCCGCAACAAUCCAACGGGACAGAAUCGUCUUCGUCGUCAGCGGACACCGCGUCCCAAGGAUCAGGGUCUGCAGCACCCGCGCAGAAGGCACGACGACAUGAACCACAGAGGGAAGAGCGUCGCCAGGAAGCGGCUAGUGCCCCGCGGAUUCAACCAAACCCAUUAUUGAGGUCUCGGACCCUCCCGAACUUCGGCGGUCGUCAGUCGCGCGAGGCGUCCAGGUGCGACACCUCCCGGCGAGCGCACCACAUCACCAUGGCGUCCGAGGACCUGCUGCAGCCGGGGCACGUCGUCAAGGAACGAUGGAAGGUGGUAAAGAAGAUCGGAGGCGGUGGUUUCGGCGAGAUCUACGAAGGUCUGGACCUGGUGACGCAGGAACAGGUCGCGCUGAAGGUGGAAUCAGCUCGUCAGCCGAAACAGGUGCUCAAGAUGGAAGUGGCUGUGUUGAAGAAAUUGCAAGGCAAGGAGCACGUGUGUCGCUUCAUAGGCUGCGGGCGCAACGCUCGCUUCAACUACGUGGUGAUGCAGCUGCAGGGACGGAACCUCGCCGAGCUCCGCCGGGCGCAGCCCCGGGGCGCAUUCUCGCUCUCCACUACACUUAGACUGGGAUUACAAAUACUCAAAGCUAUAGACUCAAUACACUCCGUGGGAUUCCUACACAGGGAUAUUAAACCUAGUAAUUUCAGCAUAGGCAGGUACCCCUCGAACUGCCGCAAGGUAUACAUGCUGGACUUUGGUCUGGCGCGCCAGUACACCACCAGUAACGGACAGGUCCGCCCGCCCCGAGCAGCUGCAGGGUUUCGAGGAACCGUCCGCUAUGCAUCAAUAAACGCUCACAAAAACAAAGAAAUGGGAAGGCACGAUGAUCUAUGGUCAUUGUUCUACAUGCUAGUAGAAUUUGUCAAUGGACAGCUGCCUUGGAGAAAGAUUAAAGACAAAGAACAGGUCGGAUUGAUGAAGGAGAAAUACGACCACCGACUCCUCCUCAAGCACUUGCCCUCAGAAUUGCGUCAGUUUCUGGAGCAUGUUCAACAGCUAGAGUACGCUGACUCGCCAGACUACGCCAUGCUGACCUCGCUCUUAGAACGAUGUUGCAAGCGCCGCGGGAUACGGGAUACUGACCCUUAUGACUGGGAGAAAGAUGCGGUGUCAGUGUCGCGGACGCGCGCGGCGGUGCACGCGGCCCCCGACCACAGCACGCCGCACGACGCGCAGGUAGACCUCACGCGGCGCCGCGUGGAGACGGAAGCUACAACGGCGGUAGCGACGGAGACAGGCACCCCCCACAACAAGGACAAACUGCCCGACAAGCGGCCGCAUCCCGCAUCGCCCAGGCACCAGCCCCACCAUCUCAACGGAUACUCGACGACGACGGAUAAACCCACAACAACGGACAAGGAGGUGGAGCCUAGAACUACACCAGCGCCCUCUCCCGACAGACAUGCCAAGCAACAAGAGACAAGUAACUCUGCAGUGACGGGUACUACGACGCGGCCUGAGAGGCAGAGCGUACCUCCAUGCAAGCCGAGACCUCCUGCACCAGGCGGAGGUCCAACGUUGGCCCGGCUCCGCGUGGUGACGGCCCCCCCAACCUGCGUACAAGAACUUGCUGCGGCAUCGCCUGCUACUCCAGGUGAAGCAGUGAGCCCAAGAAUAAUGGCGGCUGACGUGGACAGUGUACAUUCAGACACGCAUUUCAAAAGAGGAGCGCGUCGCACGGCCCGCGCCCGAGCCGACCAAAGCUACACGCAGUUCGCUGUCAUGGACGACGAGAAUGUGUCCGCUUUGCAACAGGUCACGAAAGGCGGAGCCCUAACACUGGUAUCUCUAUGGAAGUCCCAAUUCGAUGACUCUGAAGAGACCACAGACAACGAAUGGAAACAGGAACAGUUACAGGCAGCGCAACAGCCAGAGAAGACCUCGCCACCCGGCACAGUAGCCCCCCCAGCCCCAAUAACCCCGGCGGCCCCGGCACCUCCACAAAACCGCCCCCCGGAACCGGCGAGACAGAACAGCGAACCAUCCCGGCGCACCUCAGAGAAUCGAAAGAAAGUCAACUGCCUUUACAUCCCGGGGAUCGACGCCUAUCCUAAGUUGCAGCCUAGUUUACCCCGGUGUUGGUCGUUGCCGGCGAUAGGUUGUCGCGUCCGGUCGCUGCGCGCCCCGCUGCUGCAGCAGGCGUCGUUCGACGGCAGCGCGGGGUCGGUGCGGUACCGCCUCGACGUCAUGCGCGGGGUCGCCGCGCGCUCCCUCGACCCCGUCGACCCCGCGCCGCCGCAGAGGGCGCUCAGUGCUCCAAGCCUAUCCAGCUCCUCAAGCAGUGCCGUACCUCCAAAACCAGCCCCGGAAGCCGAGGGUCCGACAGUGUCCAGCCGCCUCGAGAUCCGGGUCCGACCGCCCGACUCCACGUCCCCUGGACACUCCGUGAAGAUUCAGUCGGUAGUGAGCGGGGAGACGCGGCCCAACCACGACGAGACCUCGGUCUACUACGACGCCACGGAGCACCAUCGGGACAAACGGUCAUCGACACGGAGCGGGGAGAAGAGUCAGAGUCCAGCUGUGGAGAGGACACGGUUAGACGCUAUACCGGACAGGAGUAUAAUAGCAAUUAACAAGAAGGAAGUCUCGAGCGCCGCCGGAGAUGGAUCGCAGAGUUUAAGAGAUCGGUCGUCAGGCAGCGCGAGUACGUCCCGCAUCCCGGUGGCGUGCGGCGCGGAGCAGCGCCUCGCCAAGUGCGCCAGCUGGAGCGGGGACGGGCCGCUGCAGCCCGACGUCGCCGACCUCACGCCCGCGCUCCGGCGGCGCCGGCAGAAUGCAAACGAUAAAUACGCCGUAGACCCGGCCCGGGAACUGAACCUACGGUUCGCGAGGCCCAGGCACCGACAGCCGCCGCACCAUCAUUCUAGUCGCAGCGCUUCCCGCGGGGUGCCGGCGCUACUGCUGUCGUCGCCGCCCGCGUCGGGAGGCUCGUCAUCAUCAGGGUCCCCGCCCCCGCCGCCCCCCGGGCCCCCCGGCGCUCCGCCCCCACAUAACGCAGCCCGCGCGCGACGCUUCCGACCGCUAUCCAUCGCGCCUUAAUUCAUAUCAUAACAGCUAAACUCUUUGAUUUCUACACUGCACUUGUACAGGCGUACUGCAAGCGUGCCAUG